CCACAGUGUCACAAACUUCCUGGGGCGAAGUAAGCGAAUAUAUUUACUGCAUUAAGAUUAAACACUGAAUGAAGUCAUCGUUUGGUCGUUUCACGUUCAUAUCAACUGUAGCCGACAUGUUACCUGUGAAUGGCGGCUGCCCACUCUUUGAGUAGAAACCACCAUUUGGACCAUAUGAACAAAUAGUGACUCGACAGACGUGAAACCCAAUGAGCCACGGCCGUGCAGUGAUGAGUCAUGGAGUGACGUUGUCAGCGGCUCCCUCUAGCGGCCAUCCAUUUCAUUGGGGAAUGCUUGUCAUACCUACAUUUCUUUGAACAACACCGAGUCGAAGUGAUCUACAUAAUGCACAGACAAGUGUUGCUGGAAAAUAUCCUGAGGUCAGACGCCACAUCGACACUUCUUGGUGGCCAGCUGCCAAUCCACGUGAUAAAUAACAGCCAGUACAUAUCCCCCUUGACUGCCAGUGCUGAGGUGAAAAAGACAUAUGUGGGAGACAACCUGCCUUCUCUUGAUGAUGCCAUCCACACUGCACUGUCUGACAACAUCAAAACAGUUAUGGUGGUUGGUCCUGCAGGAUCAGGUAAAACAACCGCUUUGACAAAACUGGUUGUUGGCUGGGCCAAAGGAGAACACCUCCAAAACUUUUCUUAUGUGUUCCAUUUCUGCUUGAGGGAGCUAAAUUCUCUUGAUGAGAUGUUCUCCUUGGAGACGUUCUUGUCACACCGUCAUGGCCAUUUUACUCCUGAAAUCUUGUCCCUAGCUCUGCAGGAGCCUGAGAAGCUGUUGUUUGUAUUUGACGAGCUGGAUCAGUACAAGCACAGCCUGGACCCUGCAGUCCAUACCCUCUGCACUGACCUCAGCCAGGUCGCCUCAGAGCCCUGCCUAGUAGCCAGCCUUUUGCAUGGGACACUGCUAAAAGGGGCCACCAUUCUGGUUGCCACCACGCCUACAGGACACCUGGAGUUUCUUAAUGGCACCCGGGUGGAAGUGUUGGGGUUUCUGAAGCCCCAGAGAAAAGCCUACUUUGAGGAGUUCUUCACUGACCCAGCUAGUGCCAACAGUGCCCUAAUAAACAUGGAGAGGACAUUAGGCUUUUACAAUUUCUGCACUUCCCCUAGAUUUUGCUGGACAGUCUGUUCCAUUUACAAAUCUCUGGUGGAUGCUGGAGAGAGUCUUCCUGAAACGUUAACUCAGAUGUUUGUGAGUAUCAUGGUCCACCUGAUUCGAGCUCUCUCACUGACUGAGGCCCGCUCCAGAGAUCUAGUGGCAGCCCUAGGUCGGAUGGCGUCUCAUUGUUGUCUUGAGCAACAUUCCAGCUGUACCAAAGAGGAAAUGUACUCCUUUGGUUUUCAGCAGUUUCUUACCUCUCAGACCUCAGUUGAUGUUUUCUUGCGAGUGGAAGGUGACCUGGAAUCAGAUGCAGGUGCCUUCUCUUUCCACUCCCAACUCAUGCAAGAGUUCUCUCUGGCUCUAUCUUUCUUCAUGGACAAGUCGCCAUGUCAAAGUGUAAAGGAGAUGUUAGAAAAGCAUGAAGGCCGUGCAAAGUUUCUAGAUCUUUACCUCGCAGGACUCUCAGAACCAACUCAGCGGAGACCACUAGAGAUUUUGCUGGGGGAGUUCAACUCUGAUCGGAUCUUGGAUUUUAAACAGUGGCUUAAAAGCAGCUCCCAGAAGACACUAAAGGAUUUCUACAAAGACAGACAGCUCCACUUUUUCCAUUUGCUUCAUCAAUGUCACAAUCCGAGUUUGGUGAAAGAGAUUAUCACCCCUUCAGCACGGAUUGGCAUCAGCUAUGGGGGUCUGGGCCUUCAGGACUGUGUGGCAUUGAACUAUGUCACUGUGUGCCUUGGGGAGAUGGAGCAGCUGAACCUGUACUCAACGAAGGAUUUUAUGGAGGAGGAAGCAGAGAGUCUGGUGCCAGCAAUGGCCUUGUCUGAAAAGAUAAUACUGUCACAGAGCUCCCUAAGAACAGGAUCCAUUCCUCACUUGGCUUCAGCUCUGCGCAAUGGAAGGACCAAGGAACUGGAUCUCUCUUAUUCCCACCUGGGUGAUGCAAAGCUCAAAAUCCUCUGCACCGGACUCAGAGACUGCCAACUGCAGAUAUUAAAACUUACAGUAUGCAAACUGACGGAGGCAUGCUGUGGAGACCUGGCAUCUGUCCUGACCUCACAAAACUCCCAGCUGCAUGUGUUGGACCUGAUGUUUAAUGACCUCGGGGACCAGGGCUUCAUGCAACUGUGUCAAGCACUGCGUAGCCCUUACUGCAAAUUACAGGAUCUUGAGUUACAUACCUGCGACCUGACCGCAGGAUCCAUGGAGGCUUUGUCAGCAACUUUGUGUUCUGGCCAAUCUGAGCUGAGGGAAAUUAACCUGACACAAAAUGCUAUUGGUGACCGUGGAAUGGAGCUGCUGUCCAAGUCCCUGCAGCAUCCACGUUGUAAACUGCAGUGCCUUAACUUGUAUGAUAGCCAGCUGACUGGUGGGUGCUGUGCUGGUUUGUCUGAGGCCUUGAAGUCAGAGCACUGGUCCCUGUUAGAGCUCGAUCUGUCAGUGAAUGAGUUGGGCCAGGAGGGGGUGCUGUUGCUCUGCGAAGCUCUCAGCAGACCUGGAUGUCCAAUUGAGAAACUCGGACUGACACGGUGCGAGUUAACCUACUCGGUCUUCAAAGAACUGGGUUCAUUGCUGCGAGGUGGGACCUCCCGACUCAAAUCCUUAUCUGUAUCUUUGAAUAGUGUCGGAGACCAAGGGGCCAAACACCUGUGGGACGCUAUAGCUCAUCCUCACUGUUUGUUGGAGGUUUUGGAGGUUGAAAUGCUCCAGCUGACAGAUGCCUGUGUCGGGGAUUUGUGUGCUGCUGUGAGCGCCAGUAAGACUUUGAGGAGUCUGGACCUGAGAAACAACUUACUGACUAAUGCCUCUGUCCCCGCCCUCGUGCAGCUCAUGGAGGACAGCCACAACAUGCAGGAGAUGAACCUGAGAUAUAAUGACUUCGGUGAGGAUGUUUUUGAAAUGUUGGACAGCUGCAGCAAAAUAAGAUACUGAAGAUGAUGGAUCAGACAGACCCAGUGGUUCACACAGUGUUUCCAUGUUAUAAUGCAAGUUGAUCAUCCAGUAAAUGCUGUACUGUAUUGAGCACAUUAAGUUUUUUUCCUUAUAAGAGAUUCACUACUUGGAUUUGAUUAAAUAAAUGUUUUAUUAAUAAACAUAUUUGGACUUUUUUUAAACUUAAAU